UACUGCUUGGAAUAUGUCAAUCACUGUUUCUCUAUUGAGUUGUGUGUUGCCUUCUUUCCUCUAAUAUCUAUCCCCAGUUUUCCAUACUCCACAGUCCACACUCAUCUCUUCCAUACUUCUCCUAUAUAUAAACCAAUACAUAAAGUACAACCAUCCCCAAGUUUAGAAGUCUUUAAGAAAAUUGCAUAAACCGUAGUCCUUUGUCUAUAGGUUCAAAACAUUCUGAAUCUCUGCUUAUACCUUUGUUUGAGUCUUGUAAUAAGUGAAAAAAAAAAAAAAAAAAAAAUCAUGGCCGAUGACAAAGUUUAUGAACGAACCUUGGAGGAAACACCAACCUGGGCUGUUGCAGUUGUGUGCUUUGUUCUGCUUGCUAUUUCAAUCAUCAUUGAACAUAUUAUUCAUGCUAUUGGAAAAUGGUUCAAAAAGAAACACAAAAAUGCUCUUUACGAAGCGUUGGAAAAGGUUAAAGGAGAACUUAUGCUGUUAGGAUUCAUAUCCUUGCUCUUAACUGUGUUCCAAGAUCUAAUUUCUAAGAUCUGCAUAUCACAAAAUGUUGCAUCUACUUGGCAUCCUUGCUCCAAUCCAAAGUCAAAGAGUAAAUCUGACACAGACACCAAUGGUAAGAAACUCCUCGAAUAUUUGGACCGCGUACCGCGGCGUGUUCUAGCUACAAAAGGAUAUGACAAAUGCGCUGAAAAAGGAAAAGUUGCUUUUGUUUCUGCAUAUGGGAUUCACCAGCUCCACAUAUUCAUCUUUGUGCUAGCUAUUUUUCAUAUCCUACAAUGCAUUAUAACAUUAGCAUUAGGAAGAACUAAGAUGAGACGCUGGAAGACAUGGGAAGAUGAAACAAAGACUAUUGAAUAUCAAUUCUAUAAUGAUCCUGAGAGGUUCAGGUUUGCAAGGGACACAACAUUUGGACGAAGGCACUUGAACAUGUGGAGUAAUUCAUCGAUUUCCUUAUGGAUAAUUAGCUUCUUCAGACAGUUCUAUGGAUCUGUUAACAAAGCUGACUAUUUGGCAUUACGGCAUGGAUUUAUCAUGGCGCAUCUGGCACCGGGAAGUGAAGCAAAAUUUGAUUUCCGGAAGUAUAUCAAAAGAUCACUUGAGGAUGAUUUUAAAGUUGUGGUGGGAAUAAGUCCAAUCAUAUGGUUCUUUGCAGUGCUAUUCCUGCUGACUAAUACUCAUGGGUGGUAUUCUCAUUAUUGGCUUCCAUUUAUCCCAUUAAUUAUAAUCUUAUUAGUGGGGACUAAGCUACAAAUGAUCAUAACAAAGAUGGGACUGAGGAUUCAGGACAGAGGGGAAGUGCUAAGGGGUGCACCUGUCGUUGAGCCAGGAGAUGAUUUGUUCUGGUUCAAUAAUCCAGGCCUCCUUCUCUUUUUGGUUCAUCUUGUUCUCUUUCAGAAUGCCUUUCAACUCGCAUUUUUUUCUUGGAGUACAUAUGAAUUCUCCUUACGCUCUUGCUUCCACGAAACAACUGAAGAUAUUGUCAUUAGAAUUACAAUGGGGGUGGUAAUACAAGUUCUAUGCAGCUAUGUGACUUUACCUCUUUAUGCUCUGGUCACACAGAUGGGUUCAACCAUGAAACCCACCAUAUUCAAUGAAAAAGUAGCUGCAGCACUGAAGAACUGGCACCACAAUGCCAAAAAACAUAUUAAACAUAGCAAGCAUAAUGAGGGUAACAGUACCACACCAUUCUCUAGUAGGCCAGCAACUCCGACAUAUGGCAUGUCUCCAGUUCACCUUCUGCAUAGACACACAGCUGGUCGCAGUGAUAGUGCACAAACUUCUCCAAGGACUUCUAACUAUGAAAAUGAACAAUGGGAUGUUGAAGUUUCACCUUCCCCUAGCAACCAUAAAGGAACAGACGAGACCCAGAUGAAAGUUUUGGAGUUAGGUUCAGCAACAGAAUUGCCUAUUAGAUCUCAACAUGAAAUCAGCACUAGUUUAUCAGAAUUUUCUUUUGAGAAGAGACUAGACGUGUAGAUAAUGUUGCUAACUAGUUAAAAUGUACAGCUUCAGUACAUAUCAAUUACAUGUAUGGACAUGAACGCAAAGCCAUGCAUUUGAAGAAUGAGGUGUGAUUUGUUGAGGGAACACAAUUAAUAUUUGUUACAUUUAUUGAAUAAUUUGUGGAUGAAAUUUCACCACGUCUGUGUAAAGUUUAAAGCAACAAAAUUUGUAAAUUCUGUUCCCCCUGCA